AUGGCAACCGAUGAAAUCUUGCAAGAUGUGAAUGGCAGCGUUCCCGAGGUACAAGAUGUUGAUGUGAAAGAGGAACCAAAGAACAAUGUCUCAAUGGAUCCAGAGUCAGACGAAGAUGUACCGGUCGAGGCUGAGGAGCUGCAGGACGCGCUGUCGCGGCCUCCGCCCGUCCAUAGUAGCUAUCUGCCCCUCCCGUGGAAAGGGAGAUUAGGAUACGCUUGCUUGAAUACGUAUCUGCGGUACUCGAACCCGCCCGUUUUCUGCUCCCGGACAUGCCGUAUCGCCUCAAUUCUAGAAAAUCGCCAUCCCCUUUCGGAUCCUUCGCAGCCUCCUCAUCCGACCAAGAACCGUCCCGAUCGGGAUCAGCCUGCGGAUGUCGCACGGGGCCAGGCGUACGUUGAAGCCUUGGGCCUCACCAAUGCUCGGGAUCUGGUGAAAAUGCUACGCUGGAACGAUCGUUACGGAAUCAAGUUCAUGCGAUUGAGCAGCGAAAUGUUUCCGUUCGCGAGUCAUAAAGAAUACGGGUAUAAGCUGGCUCCGUUUGCUUCCGAUGUGCUGGCAGAAGCUGGUCGCGUCAUUGCCGAGCUCGGCCAUCGAGUGAGCGUGCAUCCCGGCCAGUUCACCCAACUGGGCUCCCCGAAAGUCGAAGUAGUGGAAAGUUCCAUCCGGGAUCUGGAGUAUCACUCGGAAAUGCUACAGCUGCUUCGGUUGCCACCUCAACAGGAUCGCGAUGCUGUCAUGAUUCUGCACAUGGGCGGCGUGUUUGGCGACAAAGAAGCCACUCUCGAUCGGUUUCGAGAAAACUACCGAGGCCUCUCACAGGACAUCAAGAAUCGGCUGGUCUUAGAGAACGAUGAUGUCAGCUGGUCGGUGCACGAUCUUCUGCCCAUUUGCGAAGAGUUGAACAUCCCCCUGGUUCUCGACUUUCAUCAUCACAAUAUCAUCUUUGAUUCGAGCCAAGUGCGCGAGGGCACGCAGGACAUCAUGCCACUGUUUGACCGAAUCAAGGCGACCUGGACCCGGAAGAACAUCACGCAGAAAAUGCAUUAUUCCGAACCAACCCCGUCUGCUAUUACAAACCGUCAGCGUCGAAAACACAGUCCCCGGGUGUCUACUCUUCCACCCUGCGAUCCUACCAUGGACCUGAUGAUUGAGGCCAAGGACAAGGAGCAGGCUGUUUUCGAAUUGAUGCGGACAUUCAAGCUGCCUGGCCACGAUCUCUUCAACGACAUAUUACCUCAUGUGCGGAACGAUGAGAACAAGCCAUUCAAGCCGCCCAAGAAGUCCAAGAAGAACGGAGGCUUUGUCGAUCUGGAGGGCCAGAUUCCGCCUGUUCAGACCAUUCCGGAGGAAGAUGUGGGCAUGGGUGGUCCCGACGGAAGGGUCUAUUGGCCCCCUGGCAUGGAGGAAUGGCUUCGACCAAAGAAGAUUGUCCGCACAACAACUGCCCGGAGUCCCCGGCGCACGCCCGCCAAGAAGAAGGCUACGAGCGAGAAUGAAGACUCGUUAAAGCUAGAGGAUGAGCCGGAUAGUAAUGCGAUCGCUACGUCGGUCUCCAAGAAACCCCGAGUUCAGAGAACCUCUAGUGUGAAAAAGCAGGUCUCCAGGAAACGGAAAGCUUCCCCAACGAUCUCUACUCCGUCUGCUUCGGAUACUGAACCAGCCGAGGUUCCAGAAACGCCAGCUCUCCAGCGAUCCCAGGGCAGUGGGGUUCGUCGAAGCCGACGAGCCAAGAAAGUGGACUACACUGAAAAUGCAGAUUCGGCCUGA